ACUGACCGGUGAUGAACCGUCUCCCUCCGUCACGGUAACUAAAGAUGGAAUCACCAGAAAACCUGUCCGGUCAGGAAGUCGGUGUGGAGCAGGAUACUACACCGACCUCCGUGGAUGUGGACACUGCUGUGUUGCUGCUGGGAGCGGGAGUAACAGCCGUUACACAUCCGCUGCUAUACGUGAAGCUGCUGAUACAGGUGGGACAUGAACCUCUUCCCCCGACUGUGGGCACAACCAUGUUUGGGAGAAGAGUCUUAUACUUGCCUGGCUUUUUCUCCUAUGCACAACACAUCGUAAAAGUGGAUGGAAAGAGGGGACUCUUCCGUGGCCUCUCACCUCGUAUAAUUUCCAGUGCCAUCUCUACCAUGGUUCGGAGCAAAGUUAAACAGCAGGUGGAGCUUCUGUUCAAGAGAGAUGAGCUACAGACUUCACUCAGGAGAGUGGUCAAAGAGACCACACAUGAGAUGAUCAUCCAGUGCCUGUCCAGAGUCGCCACUCAUCCUUUCCAUGUUAUGUCAGUGCGGUGUAUGGCCCAGUUUGUUGGCAGAGAGGUCAAGUAUGGAGGGAUGUUCAGCUGUAUUGUCAGGAUUUUUAAGGAGGAAGGAGUUUCUGGAUUCUAUGUUGGUCUCAUACCCCAUGUGCUAGGAGAGGCGCUCUUCCUGUGGUGUUGUAACCUCCUGGCUCACUUUAUUAACACCUACGCUGUAGACGAAAGUUUCAGUCAGGCCUCAGCAGUAAGAAGCUACACUAAGUUUGUGAUGGGAAUUGCAGUGAGUGUCCUGACGUAUCCGUUCAUGCUGGUGGCCGAUCUGAUGGCCGUCAACAACUGUGGCCUGGUUGCAGGUCUUCCUCCUAACUCUCCCAUCUUUAAGUCCUGGAUGCACUGCUGGAAUCACCUGAGCCGAAAGGGUCACCUCUUCAGAGGAUCCAGCUUCUUUUUCCGCCGGGUGCCUGUGACCUCCCUGCCCUCCAUCGAGGACUGACAUCAUCAACAUCUUCACUUGUUGGGAUGUUCGUCCUCUUCCUGCUAGGAAAGAUUUUUUCAGACACCCCAUUUCCCCUGUCAGCCUCUGAUGUAGCAGGAACAGCGGAGACGGCGCAGCUCGUGGUGCCAACGAACUUUUGGUUACAGGAGCUUUAGUUCAGUUCAGAUGAGGAAGGAGGUUGUUACAGUGUUUUGUUCUUGCCUGCAGUGACUACAGCUCUGAUCUCAUAGCUACGUCUCCAUAGCAACAGCUGCUGAGGCUCAUGGGUACUGCAGUAAUUAAUGCAAACCACAUAUUCCUGAUGAUUAUUAUCAUCAUAUAUAUGAUAUAUAUCAUAAUAAUAUGGUCAGUGUUGGAGCACUUCCUGUUUCUGAACCUCAUCGGGUUAGUGAUGUCAUCGAUGAUCCUGAUUCUGUGUUGAGGAGGAACCUGAAUUUAACCUUUCAAAAAACUAGACCACCCUCCUUACCACCACCCACUGGUCUUUCACAUCGACCACUUUGUUUUCCAUUCAUUUCCUCGCAGUUUAAAAGUCUUACACUCUUUAAACCUGUUUGAGAUGCGUCAUCCACCACUGCCAGUCACAUUAUCAGAGGUUUAAAUCAGUCUGUGAUUGAGCUACAUUAUUAUGGAAAUGUUUGAUUUUAGUGAAUUAUGUGCUUCAACACUGCAGGUUGAAGCUGCAGGUUUGGAUCAUACAGGACAAACUGAAGGUUUCGUUGUUUCAAUGCAGUUCAAAACAGUGUCUUUGUUUCUGUUCAUGGAAACAGUGUCUGAGACUGACACAAAGUGUUUCCUAUUUUUUUAAGUUUAAAGACGAUUUAAAAACCGUGAGCACAUAGGAGAAAACACACACUUAAAUAAA